AUAUGGACGCCGAAUUCAAAAGCAGGUCAUCAUAACUCAUAAAACUGAUUUUGUUUGGCGAUUUUAGACAACCAGGCUAAUAAAGACGAAUUUUAAAGUGAAAGACAACGGGGUGUGAAGUUUGGUUCCACUGUCUUGUUUUCAGUCGGACACAAUAACAUAGAGCGCUGGUUGUGAGCAUGGCGUCUGUGUUUGUGAGCGACUUGUUUUCGUUAUGAAUAACUAGGUUAGUUGGUUAUUAGUUAACUAGUAUGCUUAGUAAAGUUAUUAGUGGCUGUCAGCUAUUCAGAUGGACCCGAAACACAGAGCUCUGCUGCGGACACACAGGCUGUAUCUGUCCGGGGAGCUGCUGGUCUCCGACACUAUCGUUCCGUUUCUGUACCAGGAGGGGAUCCUGACGGGGGCUCAGGUGGAGGACGUCAGGUCCCAGUCUACGGACAGACAGAAGACUCUGAGGCUGCUGGACCUGCUGCCGAGCCGCGGACCCCGGGCCUUCGACCUGUUCCUGCGGUCUCUGGAUGACUUCAGCUGGGUCAGGGAACAGCUGUUGGUGGAGCUCCAGAAACAACCGGGACCUGGAACAAGCUCAACAGACGAGUGCCAGCUUCCUGACUCAGUUCUCCAAAAAGUUCCAUCUGAUCGGGAUCUGUCCCGGCUGGCGUCCCGGCUCGGGGCAGAAUGGGAGGCGGUCCUGAUAGAUCUGGGUCUCUCUGCAGAGGAUCUGUUCCGGUGCCGGUCUGAUCACGCUCUCAGCACUCAUGGAGCGGUUCUGUCAGGUCUGGUCACGUGGAGACAACGGGAGGGGAAGAGAGCGACGGUUCGGAGACUCCUGCAGAGUCUGAACGCUACUGAGAUCCAUCAUUCAGUUCUAGAAGAGGCCCUGAAUUGACCCAGGACCAGGACUUUCUUUUUUUUAACUUGUUUUUUUACAGCCUGAUGGAUGGAAACUUUUCUCCACAAAUCAUUCCACUAUGGAACACAGACCUUGAAGUGACUUUGAUGGAAAUGUUUUUAGAAUAAUGUGUGACAUGAACAUGAUGUGAGAACAUGCAGAUCUUGUUCUUUCCUUCUUGUACUGUUUUCAUUGUGACAUUUUGCACAAAACAACUCUAAAUGGAUUAAAGAAGCAGGUUUAAAACAGAUGAUUAAACGUUACCUUGUGGUUCUAAAGCAGGGGUUCCCAAACUUUCUUGUCUUUGACCCUCAAAAAUAACAGUGCCAGAGACUAGAGACCCCUGUUGUCCUGAGGUGAUUAAUAGUAAAUCCAAAAACCUACAUAUUUCUUUAUGAUUUAAAAAAAGGCAAGAAGCAGCAUAACUUCCUCAGGGGUCAUGUGACAACAAAGUAAAGAAGAAAAUUACUGACGUUUUUUAUUUACAUGAUUUUAUCUAAAAUUGAGCUUCAAGUUUUAUAUAUUUUUUUAAAACCAAGAUUAUUCUACAUUUUAUCGUUUUUUUAAGGCAUCUCACGACCCUCCUAUCAGUAUCUCGAGACCCCCCUUUGGGAACCACUGCUCUACCAUUUGUCAUUUUGCCAGAUUGACUUAAUUGUAAUUUAAUGUGAUUUUUUUGUUAAAAUCUGUGGUGAUAAAAUGUUCAAAAACACCCAAAAUGACUCAGAAAAGACUUACGAUAAUAAAAAAAAUUCAAGGAAUUAAUCAGUAAGAGCUUUGAGAUUCAAAGUAUCCAAUUUAAUUUCAAAAUUUAGGAUCCUGAGAGAAUUUAGUCCAACUCUUUAUGCUCAAAAACAAUAAUCUGGAAUCUUAAGAGUGAAUUUUGAAGGACCACAUUUUGGGACGAGACCAAAACUUGAGCGUAAAAGUUUGACAUUUUUAAACUAUAUUAAAGUCUGAGAGCAAAAGAAACAAGUUUGAGAUGAGUGUAACAUUUUAAAGUGGUAACGUUUUGAAUCUAUUCCCAUUUAAGUCUCCUUUCUGAAUCUAAAUUUGGACAUCAAAACCAGGAUUUUAACAUUUAAAUCUGCAUUUUGUAAAAUAAUGUGUUACUUUAAACAGACAAGCUAACAAAAGAUGAAUAAAGAAUAAUGUUUCAGAUUUUUUUUUUUAAGGAAAUGAAAUUAAAUAAAAAUGUUAAAACCAUAUGU